GGCACCUCUGUGGUUCUGUGGGCCGGGCUGGUGGGAAGAUGGCGGCGCCCGCGACUCCGGCGGAGCCGCAGGCUUCCGGGGGUCUUCCGACCCCUAUUUGUCUGUUGGUGUUGGGAAUGGCGGGAUCUGGGAAAACCACCUUUGUACAGAGGCUUACAGGACACUUGCAUAGCCAAGGCUCUACACCUUAUGUCAUCAACCUGGACCCAGCUGUGCAUGAAGUCCCCUUUCCUGCUAAUAUUGAUAUUCGUGACACUGUGAAGUAUAAAGAAGUCAUGAAACAAUAUGGACUUGGGCCAAAUGGUGGCAUCGUGACCUCACUCAAUCUCUUUGCUACCAGAUUUGAUCAGGUGAUGAAAUUUAUUGAGAAAGCCCAGAACACAUCUAAGUAUGUCUUGAUUGAUACACCUGGACAGAUUGAGGUCUUCACCUGGUCAGCCUCUGGGACAAUCAUCACUGAAGCCCUGGCUUCUUCAUUUGCAACAGUGGUCAUCUAUGUAAUGGACACAUCACGAAGCACCAACCCAGUGACCUUUAUGUCCAAUAUGUUGUAUGCCUGCAGCAUCUUGUACAAAACCAAGCUGCCUUUCAUUGUAGUCAUGAACAAAACCGACAUCAUUGAUCACAGCUUUGCAGUGGAAUGGAUGCAGGACUUUGAAGCUUUCCAAGAUGCCUUGAAUCAAGAGACCACAUAUGUUAGUAACCUGACUCGUUCAAUGAGUCUAGUGUUAGAUGAAUUUUACAGCUCCCUCAGGGUGGUCGGUGUCUCUGCCGUUCUGGGUACCGGCUUGGAUGAGCUGUGUGUGCAAGUCACCAGUGCUGCAGAAGAAUAUGAAAGAGAGUAUCGUCCUGAAUAUGAACGUCUGAAGAAAUCGCUGGCAAGUGCCCAGAGUGAACAGCAGAAAGAACAGCUGGAGCGCCUGCGGAAGGAUCUGGGCUCCGUAGCCUUGGACUCAGGGACUGGAAAAGACAGUAUGUCUCCUGUGCUGGGCCCUUCUGACCUGAUCCUGACUCGAGGAACCUUGGAUGAAGAGGAUGAAGAAGCAGACAGCGAUACUGAUGACAUUGACCACAGGGUUACAGAAGAAAGCCAUGAAGAACCAGCAUUUCAGAAUUUUAUGCAAGAAACAAAGGCACACUACUGGAAGAGAAAUAACACAAAGGAGACUUAGGAGAUCUCAUUUGUUUCUACAAGUGCAAGGCCCUGGAACUUCAUGUGAAGAAGCUGUUUUUACCUGUGAUUUGCAGCUACAAUAAAUAGUUUUCCUUGGAAUUACAGAAUUUCUCUUUUAAGGGAAAUGUUGUGAAGGAUAGAAGACAUGGUGGAGCUGGCCUUUUCCUUGUACUUACGCAAGGAAGCCUGUACCAUUCUUGGAGACUGAUACCCCUUAUUCUAAACUUGCGUUUUGGCAUUUGACCUCAGACACUUUUCUGUGAAUGGAAUGCAAAGGACUCACCAUCCUGAUAACCACUUCAAGUCUCACUGGAUCCACAGCCUCUACUUGUGCAGCACUGGACCCUUGACUGCACCAAUUGUUCUUUUAGCAGGAAGGGAGGGGCAGUAUGAGCUCCUCUGGAGUGGCAGUGGGGUGCCCUUGGCAGCCAGUCAAUGCUGGCAUGAAGCAUGCCUCACACUAGGCAUAUUAUCUCAUUAUAAGACCCAGCUUUGUUAAAGAAAGUGGGUAAACAUGAUUUCUGAGUAAUAAGAGUUUUACUUAGAUUGUGACUUGGAUAAAGUUUUUUCUAACUCUGUCA